GCAGCUCACGCAGUGAGUAUUGCCGGACUUUUUUACGAGGGAGAUUAUAAAUUAAUAAGCAACUUAAAUAAAGAAAAUGCCACUAGACAAACCAACAAAAAUUCUUUACGGAAGACUUAUCAACAAGGAUCGGCCUAUUCUUCAGAAGAAGCCAAGAUAUGAUAACAGUCCACUGGACUUAGAGGUCGAAGGACUCAAACAGCGUAUUGAUUGCAAUAUUAAACGUCACAUGGAUAUAAGAUAUGAAAUCAGAACUGAGAUUGACAAGCUGAGACAAGAAAACAUGGACAUUGCUGCAAAUCUUCAUCGAACUGAUGAGACAUUUUAUUUACACCAGGAUUUCAAUGAAGAAGUCCACAGACUUAGGUCGAUGAACGUCAGACUGAAAUCCAUGUUGUGUCUACAAGAUGUGAAAUCAAUAGAGGCAUACGGCCCGACAAAAUCACGUAGCGCAUACCCAAAAUAUGCCGAACAACGCAAGAGUCACAACUAUACAACUACGUCACAUGACAGUGGACAUGCUACUCGUGCAGACAUUUCUGGUAAAUCAAGUGAUUUAUUUGCCAGAAUCGAUCAAUUGGAAGCGGAAAUGAGGAAUUUUCUUGUCGAAAACCCUUUACCGAAAAGGAACGAAAGUUAUCAACAGAAACAUGUUUCGGAUGUCGACAUUCACUGUUCAACUGAAGGAAUAACAAACAACAUCCGGGGUCUUUCAAUAAAUGACAAACCCAUUUUUGUUCCAACUAAAGACGUCCAACCUCAGACCAGAUUACAAGAAUGCGAUCGAACAAAAGGCUGUCAUGCAAACACAGAUGGCUUUCGAUGCAAGUGCCAAGUAACACAUUCUGAAACUGCAAGUUACCAUCAUGUUGUUGGGCCCCAUGCAAAGUCAAAUUUUAGGAUAAAGGAUGAAAGUUUCGCAUGCGACAAAACGAAUACCAAUAUGAAAUUAUCCAGGUCAAAAUGCAAGAAUGUCGUCUUCAAUGACAUAGAUAUGCCUAUUAUGAAUAGCCAUUGGUCAACAGACGCAAGUGCCUUAUCAGAUGACAGGGAUGUCAAUAUGAACUCCUUCAGAUCAGAGGACAGACAUGUCUUAUUCGGUAACAGAGACAUGAUUACCAUAAACCCCAGAUCAACGGGCAAAGGUGCCAUACCCCAAGACGGAUAUAUCAACAUGCAUUACAGGUCAAAAGACGAAUGUGUCUUGUCUGACGAUAAAGAUAUCAACAUGAACUCCUCGAGGAAGCUGGAAAGUAUGUUAGUUAUGGUACAUCCAAAGCGGUCUCAAUCCGGAACAAUAGUUGGAUUUGAUAUCGCUGAGAAUUUUGAAGUAAAACCUACAGAUGACUUUAAAUCAUUGCACCAUGAAAAUGUAAUAUCUGCCGACUAUGAGCCGACACAGCCAGUGCGUCAGAAUGGUGUAUCUAAUCUGGUAUCCAACUAUGUUGUGGACGCAUCCAUCACUGUGGAGGACGUUGAGAUACGAGAUAUCUACAAGAAUGCUUCAAAUGAUUCAGACAGUGAACAGUCCACAUCAUCAUCCGACAUGACGUUGAAAUUCGCAACACCUUUCAAAAUUGUAUCCUCGAGGCACAUCCGGCCGAGAGAUGUACCACGGUUGAACCUGGGGGAUUUGGUGUCCGAAUCUGACGUCAACCUUGUCAAAGUAACAAAGGAAGCCAUUGCAGAUCUUCUUUCUGAUCAAGAUCAAAACUCUGAUGUUUCCUAUAUAGACCUUAGUGAUGGAAAUGGUUGUCAGCAUAUGGAAAAUGAAAACAUGUCUGCUGCAGAUGUUCAACAUCAUCAGGGGUGCUACAGUGAGGAAAGUGAGUUUAUAAAUGAUGUAGAUGAUACCAAUGCCACAAAAGACAGGCAAACAAGCUUCAAUAAUCCAAGAAAUUUUAGUGACAGAAAAUCGAACUUGAGUGAUAUGAUAAAGAAGCUAUGUGCAAAUGAGGAAAUGUCUUACAUGCAAGAUUUCUUUCGUGGCGAUUCAGCAGAUGACCCUCUUACAUCAACAAAUGAUAAUAAGGCACCGGCUCCUGAACUAGAAGAAUCGACCAAACAUUCCCUUGAAGAACACUCGCCUUUUGAGAGGACUAAAAUGUGUGACAAAAGCACGCGGAGUAAUAAGCUCAACCUAAGUAUCAAGCUCUCGUCGUCAGUUUCCCAAACUAACCUGGAUGAGGACGUACAUCAAAUGAGCGUGCGUGAUGUAGAUGGAACCGAUAUCAAUACUGAUAAAUCUGUACAAGUUAUGCCAACUGACGAUGAGGAAGAAAGAUAUGGCUAUUAUGUGGAGUUGUGCAACACUAGUAUGAGGCUGACCAGUAUCAUUAAAGAUAUGUGUGCCAGCAGGAGUAUUCCUAACAAACAAGAAUUUCCACAACAUCCCAAUACCUCCGAUGAACCACGCUUACCGGCAUUGGGGGUUAGUAGAAAUGAUGACAGCGACAACAACGCGUUGCAUGUUCCUAUCAAACACGAACCCGCCGACCAGCUUGUGAGACCAAAGACUAUACCCAAACAAAGUGGGGCAAACUUGUCGUCGCCAUCUUACGCUGAAGAUGUACAACUAGACAAGAACAACUUUCCUUGGAUGUUCCCUAAUGAUGGAGAACAAUAUGACAAUGUGAAUACGGAGUCGGAAGAAACGUGCACCAUACCUGUGACGAUGCCAACUUGCACGAUGGAUAGUGCACGGUCUGAUGUGUCGUGUAUAGAUUUGAGUCUGCACGAGGAAACACCGAAUCUGGGAUCUACCAGGAGAGAACAUGCUGUGAAAACAUGUUUUACCUCCAAUGAAUCACCGAGAUGUGGUGUGGAAGAAAACGUCACAAAUAGAACAGAGAUUUCUGUUGAUGUUAUGGACACUGGUCGAUUGAUCGUCCCAAGCGAACUCGCAUUGUCCUGCAAAAGACGACAGUUGUUGUCUACCUCCUUGUCUGAAUCACACGAGGACAUAGUCAGACUCCUUAAUUGGACCAACGCUUCAAAUUAUGUAGGUGCUUGGAAGGAUCCAGAACACUCAAUCACUGAUGAUGAAAAUUCAGUUCAAGAGAUUCUUAAUUCACCUGAAAGUAUGGUUGGCUCUUCCCAAAGAAAACAACUAUGGCAGCCAUGCUUGCUGAGCGAAUACAUGCCGAAGGAUGGUGAACAAACGAAGCCCUAUUACGGACAUGAGAACAAUGGUAAAGAAAGUGCUAGAUCUGGCUAUGAUUUAGAUUCUGACAUUUCAUGCAUCGACUUAAGCGAAGAAGUGGCAAGCAUAAGUUCCGCCCAGAAUGGUCCAGAGGUGAAAGAAUUUCUCAGUCAUGAGGGAGAUGAAAUGAAUACACAGGAUGUGUCCUACAGAGACGUGAGUCCUCGCUGGUCUACCUCAGAGACCUCAUCUAACGAGGAAUCGUGUAGCUCCUAUUUCACUGCCAGCGAAGACGAUUCUGUACAUGACGGUCUAGCCUCUCCGGAUAGCUUAGUGGGGUAUGCACGGAGGGAUAAAAUUUGGGAAGAAGAUUUCGUGGCUAAUUACAUGCGCAUGUCAUCUAAGGAGCAAAACAAUAAAGAGGAAGCUGAACGUUUGAUUGCCCAGUCUAAUGAAGACAUUGACAGCAUACAUGCAAUUCGGAUUCCAAUCCUGCUGGCUGAGGCAGACGAACAUACAUCUAAAGAUUUGUUGAUCAGUGACCACGAGGCUCGGGUGAUAUUUGAAGCCAUGAACAGCGCCAGGUCAGAUGUGUCCUGUAUCGAGUUGAUCGAGGAAGAACCCACCUUAAGUGAUAUUAGAGAAGGGCAUGUUGUCAAAGAGUUUCUAAUGUGCAAGGAAGACAACCCUAUACCUACAGAGAGCGGGAAUGAUAUAUUGGAGUUUGGUCGGUGGGCAGUACCAAUCAAGCACACAACAUAUGAACUACCAGCUUCAGAACCCUCGUCUGAUGAUCAGGUCGUUAUUUCCGACAUUGAUAAUGACGAUGGUGGGAGCGACGGCACUUGCAAUGAUGUGACGUCUGUGCAAGCAUUUUCUGACGCGGAUUUCUGUGUGUUUGAUAUGGACGAUCCAGAUCCAUGUUUCGCAAAGCAGAACAUGAUUGAACAGUGUGACCUUCGCCUUCCAGGCGAGCAAGUCCAAACCAGUAUCUGUCUCCCAUUUCAUGACACGGAUUUACAUCUCGAGAUUGGCAUGAAUGAAUAUGUCGUCCCCCGUAUGUCUGAUGUGAAGAAACAUGGACCAAGGGUCACCUUCAGUGUUUUGCGGGAACUGAACUCGAAGCUGGAGAAAGUAAAACAAGAAUUAAUGGAGUCGAGCGGAAUGUCAAAAUGGCUAACUUUGUAAGAUGGAAGGUCAUCACAGGUCAUCGUCAUUUUAAUUUUAACUGUUUGUGUUUUCUUUGUAAUCCAUGCAUGACAGAAUCAACCUGUCUCUUGAUCAUGGAAAAUGCAAUUUUAAAUGAACUGUUUCAUCAUUUCUUCGUAAUUUUGAUCACUUCAUAAAGAUUUUCUUAGUGAUUAUUAUUAUAAGCUUUCAUGCUUUGGAAAUCUGAGAAAAGAAGAAUAGUAUAGCGCUUUACAAUAGGAUUGGUAAUUAAUACCAGCUGAUGUUCUCUUGUGAUGUCCAUUUGUUAAGCAAUAAUUUUAUCAGGUUGUUAAUUCACUGUUUGUGCUACAGCUAUAAGGGUUCUCAUUGCCUUCAAGGCAAACACACGUGGGAAAUUGUAUGCUGAUAAAUUAUGUGAUCAUCAACCAAAUGUAUUAGAUGUUCCAUUGUUUAAGCUGAUGAACGUGUACAUGUAUUCAAAAUCAUGAUUCAAUUGAACUUUGAUCAAUGAGCACCAACCACAUGUACAAAUACCAAUUAUCAGGUUCAACAUGAUAUCAACACGGAAUUGCCAUACUUAAUAUUCAGAAAGAAAGAAAUCUGCCUUCGGAAAUCUCAAUUCGUUCAGUCGUUAGUGACUCAAUAGUUAGUGACCCAAUUCGUUCAGUCGUUAGUGACCCAAUUCGUUCAGUCAUUGGUAACCCAAUUCGUUCAGUCAUUGGUGACUCAAUUCGUUCAGUCAUUGGUGACUCAAUUCGUUCAGUCAUUGGUGACUCAAUUCCUUCAGUCGUUAGUGACCCAAUUCGUUCAGUCAUCGGUGACUCAAUUCGUUCAGUCGUUAGUGACCCAAUUCGUUCAGUCAUUGGUGACCCACUUCGUUCAGUCAUUGCUGACUCAAUUCGUUCAGUCAUUGGUGACUCAAUUCGUUCAGUCAUUGGUGACUCAAUUCGUUCAGUCAUUGGUGACUCGAUUCGUUCAGUCAUUAGUGACUUAAUUCGUCAAUUCAUUGAUGAUUCUUAUUCGAAUACAUAUUUUGAUUGGGUCGUUUUCAGAAAUGUAUUUGAAAGUGUUAAGUAUUUUUACAUUACAUCACAGACCAUAUCCAUUAAGUCAGAUUGUUCUGGGUUUCCUGGUGAAAUAAAGGUG